UAGUACAAUAUAUAGGACAAUUAUUACGAAAAUUUAUUCAGAAAAAUGGCUACAUUUUAAAACAGACAAAAAUCUUUUUUCUUAUUAUUUUUAUAUAAAGCUUUCUAUUCAUGCAGUGUAGGUGAUGAAAUUAUUAUCGCCGGACGAACAACAAACUAUCCAAUGUGUAUCCAACCGUGCAUCUGACUAAUCGUACGAACGUGAAUUAAGCGUGUAAACCUCGCUUUAGAUAAAAAUACUGAUAACCAAUCUGUGGAUGCAGUGCAGUGGACCAGUGUACGUUUGACAUUCUGAGUUUUUGGUGGUUUAGCUUUAGCGGAGUACAUAUAUUUAUAUAUGUGGGACAAAUAAUUGUUUGGUAGUUAUUAGGAAGGUGUUAAAUCAUGAAUAUAGUAUUCAUGCCCUAGUCUUAAUUGGUUUAGUGUAAUAUCGUGGUUUCGCCUUUAUUUCUACGAUGUGCCUUUACCUUGUGUACCGUCGAUAGAUCUCGUACACAUCUCGUAGAUAGGUUUGUGCUCGAGAGGAAGAUGACGGUUUUAAUCUGCUACUGUGUUAUUAUUUCCGCUUAAUUGCACGACAACUAUAUUCAAGAUGACCACAAAUACAAAAUCGGCCAAUGUUACGUUGAGGCCGAUUGAGGUGCCGAAAGCUUUGCAGGAUGGAGAGAAAUUCAUGAAAUGGGAUGAGGAUUCAGGCCAGACAGGCCUGCCAGUUACCCUGAGGGUGGAUGCCAAGGGGUUCUUCCUCUUUUGGACUGACCAGAAUAUGGAAGUGGAGAUGCUGGACAUUGCCACUAUCAGAGAUGUGAGAACAGGAAUCCAUGCAAAGGUUCCGAAAGACCAAAAGAUCCGGAACGUAGUGUUGUUCGGCUCGCAGGGCUCGUUGGAAGAGAAGACUGUGACCGUGUGCUAUGGGGCAGAUUUCGUCAACGUCACUUUCAUUAACUUCUGCUGCACAAGGAAGGAAAUCGCUCAGAUGUGGACCGAAGAGCUUUUCGCUUUGGCAUACAACCUGAAUCAGCUCAAUAAUCCCACCAUCAAGUUUCUCGAGAAGAUGCACACCAAGAUUAUUCUUAAAGCAGACAAGUCUGGAAAAAUACUCGUUAAAAACAUCGUCCGCCUAUUCGCCCAGAACAAGGAUGACAAGAAGCGGGUCGAGAAAGCCCUCAGCGAAUCAGGCCUUCCUACAGGCAAAAAUGACACCAUCAGCCAGUCCAAGUUCCAGUUCGAGGAAUUUUUCAACUUUUACAAGAGCCUCACGCAGCGGAGCGACGCGCAAAAGAUAUUCAACAGCCUGACGGACGGCAAGGUGCACCUGUCAGCGCCGCAGCUAGUAGAUUUCCUCAACGAGGUGCAGCGGGAUCCGCGCUUGAACGAGAUCCUUCACCCGUACGCGGACAUCCAGAAGGCCAAGGACCUGAUCAAGGCGUACGAACACAACAAGUAUCACCAGCAGAGAUCGCAGCUAACGUUUGACGGGUUUUUGAGGUUCUUAAUGUCAGAGGAUAACCCAAUAGUGGCGCCCAACAAAUUAGACCUGAGCGACGACAUGGACCAGCCGAUGGCGCACUACUUCAUCAACAGUUCGCACAACACCUACCUCACCGGCCACCAGAUCACCGGCAAGUCCAGCGUCGAGAUCUACCGUCAGAGCUUGCUCGCCGGCUGCAGAUGCGUGGAACUAGAUUUCUGGAACGGCCGCACGGAGGAGCCGGUGAUCGUGCACGGCUACACCUUCGUGCCCGAGAUCAGCGCCAAGGAGGUGCUGGAAGCGAUCGCGGAGAGCGCCUUCAAAACCUCGGACUUCCCCGUCAUACUCAGCUUCGAAAACCACUGCAACCCCCGCCAGCAGGCCAAGAUAGCCAACUACUGUCGGGAUAUAUUCGGCGACAAAUUGUUAGACCGCCCAUUGGACUCUCAUCAGCUCGAACCAGGAGGAGAGCUACCGCCACCAUUGCUGCUUCGUCAUAAGAUUAUAAUUAAGAACAAAAAGAAACACCACCACCACCACAAGAAAGAGGACUCCUUGGCGUCCGAGGAGAGCGAGGCUAGGCCCGAGCCCCCCGUGCAGGGCAAUGGAGACGUCUCUCAUGGAAGUCUCGUGCGACAGAGCUCGAAGGAAUCGUCAUCAUCGUCGGACUCGGAGAGCUCGUCGGGCGAGGAGGAGGCGGGCGGCGCGGAGGGCGGCGGCGAGGAGCCGCGCGAGACGCACGCCGGCGCCGAGAUCUCCGCGCUCGUCAACUACGUGCAGCCCGUGCACUUCAGCUCCUUCGAGAGCGCCGAGAAAAAAGGUCGUUUCUACGAGAUGUCGUCAUUCGAUGAGAAGCAAGCAACAGCUCUACUGAAAGAGCGACCGAUCGAGUUCGUGAAUUAUAACAAACACCAACUGUCGCGAGUCUACCCCGCUGGGACGCGCUUUGAUUCGUCCAAUUUCAUGCCACAGGUGUUCUGGAACGCGGGCUGCCAGCUGGUGGCGUUGAACUAUCAGACGCUGGACUUGGCGAUGCAGCUCAACCUGGGCACCUUCGAGUACAACCGCCGCUGUGGCUACUUACUCAAGCCGGAGUUCAUGCGGCGAAAGGACCGUCGCCUGGACCCGUUCGCGGAGAGCACCGUGGACGGCAUCAUCGCGGGCUCGCUGGCCGUGACGGUGCUGUCGGGGCAGCUGCUGACGGACAAGCGCUGCGGCACCUACGUGGAGGUGGACAUGUUCGGCCUGCCCGCCGACACGGUGCGCAAGAAGUUCCGCACCAGGGUCGCGCCCAACAACGGCAUCAACCCCGUCUAUGGAGAGGAGCCGUUUGUCUUCAAAAAGGUGGUGUUGCCGGAGCUGGCGAUGAUUCGGAUCGCGGCGCACGAGGAGAGCGGGCGACUACUUGGACACCGCGUGCUGCCCGUAGUGGGGCUGUGUCCGGGCUACCGGCACGUCAACCUGCGCACCGAGCUGGGCCUGCCCCUCCCGGCCAGCCUGUUCCUGCUGGUGGUGGUCAAGGACUACGUGCCGGACAAGCUGUCGGAGCUGGCGGAGGCGCUGGCCAACCCCAUCAAGUACCAGAGCGAGCUGGACAAGCGCGAGCACCAGCUGGCCGUGCUCACCGACGGCACCGACGAGCCGCGCCGGCCCAGCACGUACCCUCCUGUGAAGUCGCAGCUGACGAUGGACGGCAGCCCCAACAAGCCGCUGCUGGCGGAGCCGCCCGCGGACAGCAGCGCGCCGCCGCCCGCGCCGGAGCCCGCCCCGCCGGCCUCGGAACCACCUGAAUGUAAAUCUAAUGGCGGCGCGGAGGAGCCCGUAUCGGAAACGCUGGAUGCACUGUUAUCGCUGAAGGUCGUAAAGGAGAAGCGCUCCGAGCUGGCGCGCAAGCUCGACGCUCUGCGACGCAAGUUCGACAAGGAGAAGCGGCCGCUGUCAACGUACGUCAGCACCAAGCUAGUCAAGAAGCUUUCGUCCAUGAAUAUCAUCGGCGAGGCGAGCUCGAGCGACGAAGGCGCGGGCGCGGGCGCGGGCGCGCCGGGCAGCGCCGAGGCCGCGGCCGCCGAGCGGGAGCUGCGGCUGCGCUACCACCACGCCAUCUACGCGGCGCUCGACAAGCACGUCAUGCUGGACCAGCAGCGCCAGAUGCGGGCGCUCACUGAUUUGCUGGACGCCGAGAAGAAGGAAGUCCUCAGCCGGCUCGCUAACGACCGCAACAAAGAAGUCAAGGCGCUCGCCAAGAAAACGAACCGGGACAAGGACGAGAUCCUUCGGAUAAAGCGGGAGAUUCACUCGCAGUCGGUAGAGCGCGGCGUGGCGGAGUGCUCGCAGCUGGAGCAGGCGUACGCCACGCGCCGCGAAGCCCUGGCGCGCGCGCACGAGCGCCUGCGCAACGAGCUGCAGCGCCAUCGCGACCAGGAGCUGCUGGAGCUGGAGCGGCUGUGCGGGCCGCCGGAGGGCUAGAGCCGGCCGCGCGCGCCCGGCCCCUCCCUCCGCCCACGCGGCCGCGCCGAGCCCGGCGCCGGCGUCUCCGCCCCGAGGCUCUUUACUUUUGUUAGGAAUCUGUGAUAUUAUCGCCUAAGGAGAGGAACGUACGAGUGGAUCGCGUCUCCGGUCGAGUCUCGGCGACGGAAAUAUUGUUUCGAUUUCGUAAUCUCGUAGUUUUAAAUGCGUGCCGUUCUCUUUCGGCUCGCUCGCCACAGCCGCGGGCGCUCGCAUGGCCGCGGCGUCCCCGGUGUCGGCCCCGAAUACGUACUGGCUCGAUCGGCUAAUCGAGUCACCAUUUAUCUAAUUUCGCUCCGUUUCGUGCUAAGAAUAUGCGAGUAUGUCGUGAUAGUGAGGUGUGUCUUCGUAUCGGAAGUGUGUUUAGUGAGGGGUGUUUGUUAUGUUAUUGCAUUUAUAUGAUAACAACGUAGUGUAGAGGUACGCUCGGCUGAGUGCCGCGAUGGUCACGAACCAGUGGCCCGGGCCCCGCGACGCCCUGAGCGAGCCACCGUUUGACCAGUUCAGGUCCGACGCACGAUUCCGUGCCAGAUGUUUGAUAAUAUGCGUUCAAAUGUAAUAUCUAUACAUAUCGGAAGCACAACAUACAUUGAAAUAUUUUCACUGUCGUUUUUGGUAUAAGGUUUCUACGAUGGUUCUUCCUUUGAUUAGUAAUUUGUAGAGUUAUUCCAAAAAUAAUGUUAAUUAUGAAAAUUAUUCUUAUGAUGGUUAUUCCAAUGAUUUCUGGUUAGUGAAUGUGUUUAAUGCGGUAAGUAAAUUAUUAUUUCUUAUUGCAGAUACAUGAAACAGUUAUACACUUUAUUGAACGCCAUUUUUUAACUAAUUAGAUUAAAACAGAAAGAUUAUCUUCCGUAUCCAUGUAUUAAAAAUGUAAUAACCUUAAGUAUAAUUAUUAUUUAUUGUGUAAUUGAUUUACGUGAAGUAAUGCCGCGUGGAGAAGUAUCGGCGUGAAGUGUUGCGCACGCGUGAGCGUCCGAGCGUGCGAGCUGCUGUAGUGGUCGGCUCGAUAUAAUAUAAUGGCUUGGAAACUGUAGUCGUACUAACCGCUCAGUCAGUAAUGUAGGUUGUAGAUUAACAUUCCAUUUUUGCUUAGAAAUUAAUAUGAUAGCCGAUACGUAUAUUUUACGACUACCGUUCGACUUUAAUUUAAAACUAUGGUAUUGCUACCACUGAUAUUAUUUGAAAUUCUUAUACAAAAUAUUUUUUCCCAUCGUAAGGAACUAUUUUUAAUAUAUCUCUCUUAAUCAAUAUACCUAAUUAUUUACGGUAUAUUUUUCGUGUACAAAUAGGUGAUCUUAUAUACUAAAAAAAAAAAUAAGACCCCGAGUUCUCUUCCCAACAUCGUAACUCGAAAUAUAAUGUUCGGCUAGCAAUAAUUUUAACUAUUUUAAGUAACAGUCAUUAAUUGUUAAGAUCGUAGUGGCCUUGUCCUGGGCGGAUCUAAAGGUAUUCGUUAAUAUAAAAAUGCCAUAGUAAUGUCUGUCAUAAAUCCUGCAGUAGGUUUGGAAUACGCAGUACCUUUCGGUCCUACUGCAUCUCUUGAGGUGCACAAUUAUAUCGCUUAGAGAUAUAGUUAGCUCCUCUUCAAUAUUGGUAUGUAAUGUUUCGAUUCGAAGUUCAAAAAUUCUCGAUUUAAUUUUUCAAGGCAAGAAUUACUGAACACACUGAGGACUUUGAAAAAGAUAACUUAUAGAUUUGGCUCAAUUUCCCUUUACUGUACAUGUCAUGGAUUGCCUAAGCUAGAAACCGUGUUAUUUAAAUCACUGCCAUGAUAAGAAUCUUAUUUUUCUUUUUCAGUCUUCCCGGAUUUCUCUAGAUUGUGUUUACGUGAGUUUCGCGUACUCGUUAUGUUUAACUUCUAUGGUGCUUUUACUAAAUUUAGUCGCGAUGUACUUAAAUGAUGUUAUUACAUAGUCACUUUAUAUUAUUGUAAUGUUCGGAAGUUUAGUAGUCUUUGUCACAAAGUAAAUAUAGAUUUCUUGGAGGGUACGACGAUUAUGGGAUACAAAAUUACGAAAUCGCUGACUUGUCAAAUCUUUUAAUGUCCUUGCAGCAAAAUUAUAUUUUAAAUCCGAAGUUAAUUUGAGUACUUCAUUCAAGCGUUAUUGCCGCAAUAGUUAAUAACGAUAUUUGACGAGUUUCAGCCGUAAUUUUGUUACAAACGCAUCGUCGGUUAUUUAUUGCAUUUGGUGUAUAUUUUUAUAUGUUAGUCAUUUUGCGUUUUGUUCGACAAAACGUGUUAUUAGGUCACAUUAUAUCCAUUUAGAGCCAUGGAAUUUAGUCACUUUUGACAGCUCACAGGGAAAUGAUUAGGAUUUAGAUAGACGUAGAAGAAGCCUUUUCGCGGUGAAGUCUCGUAACGAAUACCAUUUCGUUACCCGUGUUUCAGCAAUAAAAUAUUUAUAAUAAUUAAAAAAUACAAAAGUAUCCGUCUCUACUUAUCUUAAACGAAUCGCAAUAAUGUUCACGUUUGAUAGGUGUUAAGGUGCGGUGCGUUCAUAUUGUCCAACUCUACAUUAUUAUAAUAUUUGGAGAAAUUGAUAGCUGAUAUUAUGUACCUUUUGAAGUGCCUAUUCGUUUAUUAUUUUUGGCUUUUACAGCGACUCCACACAAUAUGGACUCACCGAGUAACAAAUUAACAAUCAAGUGCAAUAUUAAAAUUAAGACUCGAUAAUCGUUUCCGACUUAUGCGUUCUCCGUACUGUGCAUCUAGAGUAUCGUAAUAGCUGCCAAAUAAAUAUACAUGGAUAUUAUAGAAGUACGGAUGUUAAUAGACCUGCUCAUACUACAUACAUAUUCUUGUUUUACUUUACACUUAAUAUAUUUUUAGAUACAAUGACAUUUACACCGUUUCGUAGUUUUAUCCUAUAAUGAGAUUUCAUUAAUCACUUUCUAUACACAGCUUAUAGGGUGUUGGUAACUAAAGCCCUUGGUGUUUCGAUUGGUUAGGAUAGGAGCGUGGAAGAAUAUUGAAACGAGUUAUUUAAUUAGUAAAAUAUAAUCGAGUGAAUAUAAUACAAAUCAUAAGUAUAUGUACACAUUUUAGUCGUGUCUACCACUAACUGCCAUUUCUUGCAAACCGAUUGCUGUGUUUAAUCUAACAAACAUUUUUCCAAUACCCUGUCUAUGCAAUCAUAACUUCACGAUAACGAAGACGAGAAGCAGAUACUCCAUGCUACAGUUUUGGUGAUCAUAUUAAACUGUUACACUUGUAACACUAAUAGCCAUAGAAAUUUAAUGGGAAUAGCAAUUAUAUUUCUAAAUGCUAUUAUUUUCUUGUUGUUGUUGAAUAACGAAAAAGUUGGACUAGUUUAAAAAAAAUACUUUUUGAAACCAGUCAUAAACGUAUAUCUUGUAACAUAUUUAUUGGUCACAAAUAUCGGACAGUAAUUUACGUAAGCGGAAAUAGAAAGGAAACAGGGAACCUUUUACUUGAUCGCCUUCGUGUGCUAUAUUUGAAAUUGUUAUAAUGUUAGGUAGUGUGUAUAUACUUGUGUGCAAUUGUAUCACUGUUAGGUAAAUGCAAAGUAUGGUCAGUUUAUGUCGAAACCCUGCGUUUCAUACACGGGAGGAUGCCAGUAGCAUUAGCAUAUGUCUUGACAAAAAUCGAAAAUGAAACACUUGCCUUUGAAGUUUAAAAUUACUUGUCGCGUUUAAUUCAGGUAUUUUAUUGAUCAUGUAUAUUUAGAGUGUAGAUAGUUACAAAAGUACCGUGUUAUGCCCAUCUAGAGGAGCAGGCCCAUUAGUCUCUUUCGUGUUUUCAGAUUAUAACUACAUAUUUAUUGAAUUUGGUGGUGACUUUUUAUGGCAUAUUUUUAUGUUUGAUCGUCGCACUAAAUAAUGCGAUAUGGUCGUGCCUCUUAGUAAUGAAAGAGAGAAGUCCAGUUCAGACACCAUCAACUUUUUAACAGCGAAAUCUCAAUUUAUCGAUUUACAUGUUUCUCGUCAUGUAACGAAUAUGUUUUAGGAGUAUCAAUAGUCUUGUUUUCUAUAAGUUUUAGGUCACAAGAACGUCGAACCUCGCCGAGUAUUUGAGCUGUGUGUCUAUUUCUUGGCUGAAACUGCACAUAGUAUAGCUUUUUAAUGGAUGAGGUUUAUUAUUUAUUUAAUCUUUAGUGAAAAAAGAAAACGUAAUCGUACAAAAGGCGGAUUUAAUGCUAUAAGGUAAUCUCUACCAAUCAGUCAGUAGUACUCAGGGUUCAUUAAGCAAAUCCAUAUUUUUUUGACACCGCGGUCUCGCUCUGUCCCACGAUUGCAUUAUGUAGAGUUCAUAAGAUAUGUAGUUUAUGUAACUGGUGUAAUUUUGCCAACUAGAUUAUAAGAGUUAGCUUGUUGAAAUAAUCCGACUGCAGCUUCGAUCAGACACGAUAGGAGACGUGGAGGAUUCGAACUUCUGGAAUGAUAUAUUACAUUAUAUUUAUAACGUAUAUGUAUGUGAUUUAGCGUUUUAGCGAUCGUAAUAUUACAUUCUUCUUGUGUUAUGUUUGUGUACAAAAGUCAGGUACGAAUCACUGACGAUAUUACAGACUAUAAAAACACAUUAAUAAAUCAGAUCGGUAAAAAAGCAAUGGUUUCGUGACCUGUCUUUUGUAUAGCAUCAUCUCCUUUAUUACUGAAUUCUAACUUCUAGAACGGUAUCGUCUGACUGACUUACACUGAUUGUAAAUGUAUACGUAUACCUUAUAUGUACAAGUAUUUGUUAUUUUUUAUACUCUUAAUAAUACUAUUACUGGGUACGUUGAGAUGUUAUAUUUUUAAAAUGUUCUUUACAUACCGUUUACCGUUACUGUUCACUCUUUCGAGUCUUCCUGUGCUUUAUACGCUUUUUACUCCAAUAUAAUUACUUUACAACUACGAAAUAUAGUAUACUAAUCCAAGGCAAUUAACUAUUUUUAAUAUUUGGCCUUUUUGCUGUUUAUUUAUAUACCUAUGUAUAUUUUAUAAACGGUUACAAUUUUGUUCUAUUUGAUUGUGUUUGGAUCAUUCUUUAGAGAUUUUUUGUAUAGGUUCCAUUAAUUAAAUGCAAUUUUAUUACUCGCCCUAGAAUAUUUAUGCUGUUUUUAAUAGUAAAAUAUUAAUAUACACUAGGAACUAAGAACUCUUACUCCGCUAGUUGUAUUAUUUAAAUAGCAUGUCUAUAUAAUAUGCGCAGCUAUAGAUUAUAAAUUGAUCCCAGGUGCAUUUGUUUUAUCGAAAGUCUGUUAAAAUAACAUAACUAAGCGGGGUGAUGAAGUGAUCGGCACAUUUCUUAUGAUCUAUAACAUUAAGCGUCGAGAGCGACGGGUUGUGAAUAGUGCGAGUACGAGUAGAAUAAAUUCGGAGCUGCAGUGGGGUGCCGUAGGGCGUAGUCGACUCCCAUCCCGUGCGAGCCGUCUGGGGACAUGCAACCACAUACCUACUCAUCAUAAUCAGUGUGAGCGUCUCCAUCGCUGCCAUUCCUUUUAGGUGAUAUUGGGGAAAGGCCAGCGUUACUUCUGAUUAGGACAGAAGACAUGUGUUAUACAAAUUUAGUUGAAUUAGGAUUAUAUUCCUAUCAAACAUAUUCAAGAAAUUGAUUGUCUAUGUCAAAAUACCUCAGUGUUAUUUAGAUAGAUCAACGUUAUCAACCUAUUGAUGUAGGUAGCUAUUUAUUUGCUCUACAAAAAUAAUAGAUCAUAUCGUUUGGCGUUGCAACUUGACGUUGAAAUGUUCGAUUUUUUUCGCAUUUAUUAUUAGACGUUUCUUAAAAACAUUUGAUGUUGUAUUCCUGUACUUUCUUCAUAUCAUCAUAUUUUAUCUAUUUCGAUAUUUUGCCAAUUCGAAUGUGUAUGUAUCUUAGUGUAAUAUAAAGGGGAUGACUGAAAUAUGUUUGCUAGACGAAGUUAUUAUAUGUUUGCGUUAAAUUGCGUUCCCUGUAUUGAAGAAAUCAAAUCAUGUCAUGGUUUUUGUUGAGAAAUGUGUAUAUUUAUGCAAUGUUGUUACUAUUUUGUUGAUUAUUACUUUUAAGUCGCACUCAUUGAAUCUAAGCAAAAGAUCUGUUAUCUAGAAUUCGUAUAAUUGAUAUUGUGCCAGCCGAAAUUUUUUAUUUGCCUUCGUUAAUAAUUUAUUAUGCAUUAUAAACCCUAUGUUAUUAUCACCGAGAGAGUAAGAGUUAUGUUUGUUUGUUACAUUUGUAUAGAAACUUCCUUUGUCAAAGUUGGGAAUUUAAUGAAUGGAUAAAAUUUGCUGGUUUAAAUACAGAAUGAUCAGAAAAUAAAUCAUAAAAGCAAGAUAUGACGAGCCGAAGUUGCUUUUCGAUGGAUCCAUUUAUAUAUUUCAUAUUUUUCAUGUGAAAAAGAACGGAGUAAUUUCUAUAACUAGGCGCAAAUAUAUUUUCCAGCGAACACCAUAUUUCGUGAUCCUGGAAUUGCAAGCGUAUGUCAAUAAGUUUAGGGCUCCUUUUGUUUUUCAGAAAAAAGUAAUUGCUGUGCUCUGAAAUAUAAUUGCAUUUUUUUUUUAAAUUUUUGGUGACAAAAAAGAAAGACGAUGUAAUGUCCAAUUUCAAAUGCUUUCGAAUAUGUUGAAAAAUUCAUUCAAAUACAAAUACGAUGUGUUUGUAUUUUGUACCGAUGUUCAAACGAGUACUUAUUUAUGGAGGUUAUCUUGUUGAAAUGUGUAGUUCUGGGCGGCUUACACUCUCUAAAUAGUUCUAGUCAUUUUUAAUUCCUCCGUGUUGUAAUCGAUACAUAACAAGUAUGCCUGUUUAUGGGUAGACAAUAUAAUAUUAAUCAAUAUGAAUGUUAAACAAAUAUAUAUAGGUGAAACUUAUAUCUAUUAAAUUUGAUGUCUGUUCUA